ACAGUUAUAUCGGUCACAGUUUUGAUUUUUACAAAAAAGAAAGUUUCUUAUUUUAUUGAUCUUUCUCAUAUAACAUGUCGCGCAACAGAUUUGCGCUUUAGCCCGGUGUACUUUGGAGCAUCGACCCGGGUUACUUGUCGACUCUCUGUCGAAUAAAGAACUUGUGUUGGUUUGUCUGAUGGCCUCGUUCAUCAUUGUUUUCAUCCUUUGUAUUUGGACGCUGGCCUUCGCAGCCCCAGGUAUAGUGUUUCUAGAUGAAGAGAAAGCAGACAGCAUUUUGUGGAGACGCAGGCGGGAAAACACGGGACUGUUUGAAGAGUUCCUGAUGGGAAAUGUGGAGAGAGAGUGUAUAGAGGAGAAGUGUGUGCGUGAGGAGGCCAGAGAAGCGUUUGAAGAUGAUGAAAAGACAAUGGAGUUUUGGGCAGGUUAUGUGGAUGGCGACCAGUGUAAAUCAACACCCUGUCAGAACCGAGGCACGUGUGAGGACCAGUUGGGCACAUACACCUGUAACUGUCUGCGUGGCUUUGUCGGUCAAAACUGCGAAAUAGUGACUGCCAGGCAGUGUGAUGUUGAUAAUGGUGGCUGUGAUCACUUCUGUAUUCUGCUGGAGUCUCAUGGGGCAGAAUGUCAGUGUGCAUCUGGUUACUCACUCAUGGAAGAUGGUUUUGGUUGUGAGCCCAUAGUGAAGUUUCCGUGUGGCAGAACCUCCAAAACAGCUGUGAGAUCAUUUGACAAUAGCCUAAACUCCACAAUAAACAAAACGGCACAGUCUUCCGAAAGGACAGUCGCAUUCACAUCGAGCAUAUCCAAAACAGAAAAUCAGACCAGUUCGACAGCUUCUAAACCAAAGGGAAGCAAAAUCAAACCCUCUUUCAGUAAACUCCCUAGAUGGUAUCAAGAUGACUAUUUGAUGUCUCCUAUGCCAACAGAAAGUCACCCAAAAAGUAGAAUUGUCGGUGGCAAUCCAACUUUACCUGGAGAAAUCCCAUGGCAGGUGGCGCUGGUGUCCCGCUCAAAGCAGCAAGUGUUCUGUGGGGGCUCCAUACUGAGCGAGGUUUGGGUCAUUACAGCUGCUCACUGUCUGGUGGGGAUCCGGAAUGGAUCAUUCUUCGUCAGAGUCGGGGACCACAACAUCAACAAGAUCGAAGACACAGAGCAGAAUCUAGACGUGACACGUUCUAUCACACAUCCACGUUACGCCCCCAAAUUAAGUCUUUACAAUCAUGACAUCGCCUUGUUGCGGCUACGCACCCCCAUUCGUUUUACUCAAAUUGUGCGGCCCAUCUGCCUGGGGCCCUUUAGCUUCUCCAACUCCUUGCUCCAGUCUGGAUCUUUAGCUGUGGUCAGCGGCUGGGGCCGGCUGCGCUUCCAAGGACAAACUGCGUCGGUUUUACAAAAAGUUGAGUUGCCCUAUGUGGACAGAACAGUUUGCAUGGAAAGCAGUAGCGAUCCGAUUACCCACUUUAUGUUCUGUUCUGGGUACUCGGACACGCCGAAGGAUGCAUGUCAGGGGGACAGUGGGGGACCCCAUGCCAUGCGUUACCACAACACGUGGUUCCUAACAGGCAUUGUUAGUUGGGGAGAGGAAUGUGCCAUGAAAGGGAAGUAUGGUGUGUACACGCAGGUUGGUAAUUAUUACAGAUGGAUACAGUAUGUGAUGAGUGUUGCUAAGGAAACACUACUUGUUAAUGUGGAUGAAUGAUGGCUUGAUCUUGAAUUUUUGACAUCCAACAGCAACAAAAGGCUUUGUGUCUUAAUAAAAAGGUAAUUCAAAAUGUUUUUUAAAGUGAAAUCACAUCUUGAUACAGUAUGUGAGAGUUACAAAAAAUAAGUGGGUGAAGUUUUAGCAUGAAUGAGUCAGUUAACUGUAACUAAAAAUGAAAAUUAUUUUA